AUGAUCCCCUCGCGCCCCAUCUCAACCGGCAAAAAAACGAGCAAAGGUGAGCGCCUGGACGUUCCGAUGGCGGGAAAGACGGUCUUCAAGAUCUCAGGGGGAGCUGCAUUGCAGAUCAUCCCGACAUUGGAUGACGCAAGUCUCAGUUCCAACCGCGAGCCGAUCCGGGCCGCCAUAGCCAGAUCUCGGUUUUCCCGUCGCCAACUGAAGACUGCUUCUCUGCUUUACCCUGCAUCCUCGACUCCCAUGCCAAAAGCUGCGAUCCCUCGGUCUCUUACCAAGGCCAUGUUCGGGUCGUCCGAGUCUGAGACUGAGCCGCCAUCUCGGGAUGAGGGUGACCAUCCUGCUGCUCGCAUUUUUCAUACGCCAGAAAACGAGUACUCGCUUCCUCAAGACGCCAUGAUUCCGAGUUCAGCUUAA